AUGGCAGACGGAAUUGACAGACGCGCCGAUGACAAAAUGGAGUUUAACACCUCCAGGGAGGUCACCGUUGCUCCCACCUUCGAGGACAUGCACUUGAAGGAAAGCCUUCUCCGUGGCGUUUAUGCGUAUGGCUAUGAGUCCCCCUCAGCGGUGCAGUCGCGUGCAAUUGUCCAGAUUUGCAAGGGUCGCGACACGAUCGCCCAAGCGCAGUCUGGUACUGGUAAAACUGCGACAUUCUCGAUCAGUGCUCUUCAAGUUAUCGAUACCGUUGUUCGCGAGACCCAAGCCCUCGUCCUCUCCCCCACCCGUGAACUUGCGACCCAGAUCCAGUCCGUUAUCAUGGCCCUCGGCGACUACAUGAACGUUCAGUGCCACGCUUGUAUUGGAGGUACAAACAUCGGAGAAGACAUCCGGAAGCUCGACUACGGUCAGCAUGUCGUCUCAGGAACACCCGGUCGUGUCGCGGAUAUGAUUCGGAGACGCCACCUGCGCACAAGACACAUCAAGAUGCUCGUUCUCGAUGAAGCCGAUGAGCUCCUCAACCGGGGAUUCCGUGAGCAGAUUUACGAUGUCUACCGUUAUCUCCCUCCCGCUACUCAAGUGGUUGUUGUCUCUGCUACCCUUCCUUACGACGUGCUCGACAUGACAACCAAAUUUAUGACAGACCCCGUCCGCGUCCUAGUCAAGCGUGACGAAUUGACAUUGGAGGGAAUCAAGCAAUAUUUCAUCGCAGUCGAGAAGGAAGAGUGGAAGUUCGACACCCUGUGCGACCUUUACGAUACCUUGACUAUCACACAAGCCGUCAUCUUCUGCAAUACUCGCCGAAAGGUUGACUGGCUCACAGACAAGAUGCGUGAAGCCAACUUCACAGUUUCAAGCAUGCACGGAGAGAUGCCCCAGAAGGAACGUGACAGCAUUAUGCAAGAUUUCCGUCAAGGAAAUUCACGAGUUCUCAUCUCUACUGAUGUCUGGGCCCGUGGUAUCGAUGUCCAGCAAGUCUCGCUUGUCAUUAACUAUGACCUUCCCACCAACCGUGAAAACUACAUUCACCGCAUCGGCCGUAGCGGACGAUUCGGCCGGAAAGGUGUUGCAAUUAACUUCGUCACAAGCGAUGACGUGCGCAUCCUGCGCGACAUCGAGUUAUACUACUCCACCCAGAUUGACGAGAUGCCCAUGAAUGUUGCCGAUCUUCUUUCCUAA